GUUCUUGCCAAUUUCUUACGGCUCUCUGUUCUGUUUUCACCACUACGGCAAACGGUGAACAAUCCCCACCACCAGCCCUUCCAUUCGUUCUAUAUCCACUCUCAUAUUCUACUUCUCUUUCAUUUAUCUCACCCGCCACUCCUCUACGCCUUGCUUUCUCCAACGGGUUUCUUGAGAUCUCGUCGUCGUCGCUCUCCAAUCUCCUGGAGAUACGGAUUUUGAAUUGAAAGUGGAGAUCAUCACUCCCUCGAAGAAGCUCGCCUCCCUGCUUUGAAGAUGGCUCCGAAUUUUCUAUCCAAAUUGGUCAAACCGCCUACCGGGCAGCUGACACGGGACCGGUCUCUGAGCUCUCCCACUCCUCCAUCCAUUUCCGAGCCCACCGCCAGCCGUACCCCCUCCACUUUCGAGUCCUCAUCUUCGUCGUCAACAAACGGAUCUACUCUAGGGAAUUCCCUUCCUGGAAACCAUCCACGCAGCAGCACUUUGUUCAACCCCAGUCUUUCUGUCAUCCCUCCAACACCGAUUGCUCUCGUUACACCGGAUGUGUCUCAAUCAAGCUCCAUCGACGGCUUACCCGCAAGCGGGAAUAGGUAUCCGUUUGAAAACCGGCGCCCCGCAUCUAAAUCCCGCCCAACUACCCCGAAAGCCUCACCUCGUUCAUCCCCACGCGGCGAAACUCCUCUGCUGCCCCCGUUGCAGACGAGCAAGACGCGGGACACUAGUAAGGCCGUCUCCAGUCUAGCCCCAGCGCUGGAAAUCCACCGUGCGGUGACCAGCCCUUCCCCGAUGCUGGAUGACGACGAGGACGAAUACAACGCUCUCACUGAAUCUCCGGUUGCCAUGCGAGCCAUGGAACUCAGUCCGGCGUCAUCCCCAGGGAGGUCUUCACCUCGGCGGGACACAGAGCUGCCCAACAACAAGUCGCGUUCCUGGCGGAAGAAUACCAGCAAGAAGCCGGUCGGGCUCGCUGGCGCGCUGGCUGCGACAGGUCUGGCGAUGGCCAAUCACGGGAUGUCUGCGCACCAUCAGUCGACCCUCAGCCCGCAGGUGAUGAACUCCGGGGGCAGUGAUAAUCGGGACGGUCCGUCGCUCGUGACCUCGCCGAAUCCGAAUCCGAGUCUUAGCCGGCGAGGGACGAAUGUCGUCAGCCCCGACUUAGGGACACGACCCGUUCCGCUUCGAAGCCGAACGACAGGGUCGCUUUUCGAGGAGAGGCAUGGCUAUUUCUCCGGACUCGAGGACAGCUCGGAUGACGAUGGGAAUUCUGAAUCUGACGUGGACAGCGGGAGUGCACUGGAUGAUCUUGCCGACGAUAUCCCUGUGACUGGAUUUGCUGUUGCCAGCAACAAACGCAAUGCUGAAUUUCACGAGCUGUUUCCCGGGGUCCCAGAGGGUGACUAUCUCAUUGAUGACUAUGGAUGUGCACUGCAGCGUGAGAUUCUGAUUCAAGGGCGAAUCUAUGUUUCCGAGAAUCAUCUAUGCUUUCAUGCAAACAUUCUCGGUUGGGUUACUGAUUUGUCUAUUCCCAUCUACGAGAUAACCACACUCGAGAAACGCAUGACGGCCUUUGUGAUUCCCAAUGCCAUUCGCAUCAAGACUGACCGCGCCGACUGCACAUUCGCUUCGUUUCUGUCUCGGGACACCACGUUUGACGUGAUUCACAACAUCUGGAGACUUGUCCGCCCCACCGAUGCAGCGUCAGUCGGGUCUGGAUCGCUCGAAGCCGGUACUGGAAUCGAAGCUGGAAUCGAGGCACCCGGCGCGGCGCUCCAGCAGCACAAAGCGACGAACUGUGCUUGCAGCAGAGACGGCGGGCACUUCUCAGAGACGGCGCUGGAUAUUGUCAUCCCAGGAACCCCGGAACGCAUAUACAAUCUGGUCUUUGCGAGCGGAUUCAUCAAGGAUUUCAUGGCUGUGAACCAGAAGUUGAUGGACAUUCAGGUCUCGGAUUGGACGCCCAUAGAGCCAGAUUCCAAGCUGCUUGCGCGUAACAUGUCGUAUAUCAAACCGCUGAAUGGCAGCAUCGGCCCCAAAUCAACUAAAUGCGAGAUCCGUGACGAAAUAGCACACAUUGAAUUCGACGAAUACGUGUCAAUGUUGACGACGACGCGCACCCCAGAUGUGCCCAGCGGAGGCGUGUUCUCUGUCAAAACGCGGACGUGCAUCACGUGGUGCACAUCGUUCUCAAGCAAAGUCGUGGUGACGACCCAGGUGGACUGGACUGGGCGCAGUUUCAUCAAGGGAAUCAUCGAAAAGUCGGCUAUCGAUGGGCAGAAGGUCUAUCAUUCGGACCUGGACAAGGCGAUGCGCGAGUACAUCAAGGAUCACCAAUCAGAGUUUAUGCCUCAAGGUGUGGACAUUGUCGUCGUUCCAGAGCCGUCGCCAGCCGAAGCUACUGCUGUUUCCGAAAGCGCAUCGGCGCUUGCGACUCGGGACCUGGAGCGUCGCGGAAGAGGCCUUCAAUGGGCUUGGGACACUUUUGCUGGGGCCUCGCAAGUCACUAAACAAAGCACGAAAGGUGCUUUAGAGCUCCUGCGCGAUGCAUGGGACAAUUCGAACUCGACAAGUAUUCUCUACGGGCUCAUCUUCGUGCUUGUGAUAAGCAAUAUCUGGACAUAUCUGCGCAUGGGGUCCGCUGUUCACGUCAACCGCAAACUCGAGAAAGCGCGUGCCAAGGCUGAAAAGGAGGAGCAGUUGGUUGCAGGUGUCGUCAAUGCGCUUUGGGAUGAAUUGGCUGCUGGGAGGCUUCCCCAAGCGGUGCCCACCACUGCAGCCAGUCUCAAGCAAGAAGUGACCGCAAUUUUGAGUACUCUCGACACACUCGAGCAAAGGGUCAGACUGAUUCGAGAGAAUUUGGGAACUUUAGACUGAAUGUCUCUCUGGGCUUUUCGUGGAAUGCUUGUAUCAUAGACGCGUCUUUUUGUUGCUGACACCCAGCUGGAUGUACAUCUAUAAUCUCACCUACUCCAAUUGUGGACGACUCAUUCAUUUGCGGUGUCUGCGCAGCUUGCCUCCUAGCACUGCUCUGUGAUCUGUUGACCAUUGCAAACAGCUUGAGAUAUACCAUUUUCGCCAUCCUUUGGGUUAUCACCACCGUCCUCCGUAGAUUUACUCGCACGUAGCAGACACCGUCUUCACAGCUGAUGUCUUUCUGACUGGAACGUGCGCAAUAAUUACUCGGGCUGCAAUGGUGCGCAGGACGCUCGCACGGG